AUGCCUGUCGAAGACAUAUCCGAGCUUGUUCUCUACAAUUAUUAUUUUUUUAAAUGUCGUUUAGAUGGACAUAAAAAUCCCAGCGACGAGUCGUAACAUCGCGUUAGACAACUUCGACUUUUCGACGAGGUUAAUUAUUUUUUUUGUCUAGAUCAAAUGUACAUUUUUUUUAAAAUAAAUCCCAGCAAGUUCGCUAACAUCAGCUUGAAGUCACCGCGCGAACUAGCAAGCUAACGCUAACGUAAGCUAACGAGGGGCAACAUUUUGGACAAUGCCGACAGGGAGUCGAUGUUCUGCCCACAGCCCCUUCUUGUCCUAACCAACAGAAGAAUCUGUCCACAUGGCGGUAGCCCCGGGAUCCAUCGCAGACGUCAUCGUCGUGGAGGACGUGGACACCCCUCGGCCGUCGUCCUCGUCUUCUCAGGGUAAAGCCGCGACCAAUUCGCCGCGUCGAGUGCCGGUGUCGGCCCCGACCCACGUCGCCCAGUCGCCUUUCACUGCGGCCAGCAAGAAGAGGCACGUCCUGCAGGCGGAGAAUCAGAAGUUGUUCUCGGAGUUUGUGGAGCACGUCGCCGCCGUGACCCAGGACUGCCCCGAGGUUUUGGAAUUCCUGAAGAAGAACCAUGCCAAAGCCUGUUCCGACUACCUGUCGUCGGUGGAGUUCCGCAACAGCUUGGGCCGCUGUUUGACCCGCGUGGAGAACAACCGUUCCAGGAUGUUCGUCUACAUCUAUGAGCUGUGCAUGGUGCUCAUGCAGCACAAAGACAGGACGAAGAGGAAGAAGAAGCCGAGCGCGCUUGAGUCCGCCUCCGCUUCUGCCUCCGCGUUGGACUGUCUUCCGUCUACCUCAUUAAAAAGUGAAAGCCAGAUUACUGUCCAGACGGCUGUGGAGGAACAAGGAGGGAAGCCGGCGACGGAAGACGAGAAGCCUUCAACGUCGGGUCUUCUGGAGGACCGGCUGAAAGUGGAGAAAAAGGCAAGCAGGGCCUCCAGGAAGCAGAUCGCGUACCUGGAGAACCUGCUGAAGGUCUACGACGACGAGAUCUGUCGCCUGCAGCGGGCCGAGCUCUCGUUGAACGACCUGGAUACCGAGGACUCCUUGUACAUCCAGGAGCACAAGCUCAAGCGCAAGAUGAUGAAGAUCUACAAAAAGCUGUGUGAGCUGAAGGACUGCAGCUCGCUGACGGGCCGGGUCCUCGAGCGCAAAAUCCUCUACACCGACACCAGCUAUCCUGAGAUCAGCAGGAGGAUCCAACGCUACAUCAACAGCCCCGAGGUCUGUAUGAACCCGCCCGACUACCAGGACAUCCUGCAGCAGGUCCAGCUGGCUAGCAAGCGGCACAACCUGCGCCUGAGCAGCAGGCAGCAGGAACAGAUCGCCCGGAAGGCCUUCAGCGACACCGGCAGCAAGAUCCAGCAGAGGCGCCAACAAGACCUGCUCUAUGACUUCGGCUGCCAACUGACCAGCGAAUACAAGCCUGACAACGACCCGGCGCUGAAGGACCCCUCGCUGCUCCGGAAGCUACAUGACAACCGGGAACUGGGUCUGAAUCGCCUGGAAGAUGUCAUCAACAAAUACGCUGUCCAACAGGAGACGACGGACGAGAAGGACACGACGCGGCGGCACAGCGAAGAGCAAGAGGAGGAGGAGGAUGACGUGUCCUCAGAAGAAGACAUCGAGGAAGAGAUCAAGGCCAGCAGCCAGCAGGAUGGACCAGAUGACGACGGUGAAGAUGGCAGCAAUGAAGAUGGCGGCAGCGAGGCGGGGAAAAUGAGCGACGGCGCCAACGAGGAGGAGCAGACGUCGGCAAACGAGGCGGUCACUAGCGGCCUCCUCUCUGACGCUAGCAUGUCGGGCAUCUCGCCGCUGUCGGACGUCACGUCUGCCAGCGGCCCCGGCCAAUCGGAGCCCACGCAGCCCCGUUCGCCCUCGUCUGGCGGGAACGCCGCCGCCGCAUCAGAGGAGAACUCCCCUCCUGCCAAUCUGGUCACCUGCAACCAAAGCAACGGCACCGACCCCCCCGCAGCCGCCAACGGGCCGUCCUCACCGCUGCCGCCAGAGACGACGUGCCACUCGGCCAUCUCCAACGGCACCUCGCCACCUCGUCUGUCGCCGCCCGAACGUAGACUGAGCAGAAGCCACAAGAGGAAAAGGCCGGACGCCACGCCGAAGCAGAAUCACAUCACCGCGGGCGACAGAGAGGUGGCGGUGCUACUGAACAUGGGCAUCAUCUGCGCCUCUCCGCCGCGGACCCCCAAUGCGUCCGACUGCCAGCUGGUCAGCAGCUCGCAGUCGCCGCCCCCCAAGAAGAAUAAAGUUCACGUUGCCACCCAGUGCGACCCCCUGGAAAUCAUCGAACUGUCCGACUCGGAAUGACCGCGCGUCACGAGUCUAAAUCGAUCUCCGCUUCUGUUGUGAGAUCAACUUCCACUCAGGACACCGAGGGGGCGCUGGAACGCCAGUCUGUUUACAUUUUUUAAAAGUGCUUGGGAUGCUUCGGUUUGACCUCAUCAUCAUGUUGUUGUUCGAGUGCGACCACGGCAACAUUUCUGUUUGUUUUCCACCGCGGUCUUCUUGUCACGUCCAGAGAUAAGUGACCUUCAGUGGCGUGAGCGUCGCUGAGCUCCGCGCACUUAGCAUCUUUAGCAUUUAGCAAGAAAGAGCGGUGGACAUUUUGAGUCCGACCAACCAUCAGUCUUAAAAAAAAAAAAAAAAACACACAAUCUUUUACUUUGUAUCUCUACUGUCAUGCAGUUUGGGAGACUCCAGGGAUUAUGUUUGACUCACAUUUUUCAAUAAAAUAAACGUUUUGCAUUUGACUUUUUUAAAAUUUUAAUUUUUAUUUUUUUAUGACAAAUGUAGGGGUAGGCAGAAUAUUUAGUGUUUUGUACAAGAGGCCACAUACGGCCCACUGAUUAUUUAUAUAGCAAGAUCGGAAUAUUUGUUGCAUUAAUUUAGCUUUUUUUCCCCCCAUAAGUUUACUUUUUAUUCAUUUGUCAAUAAGUGGUGAAUUGAUUUAUUGUAAAUAAACAAUUUACAUGCAUUUACAAA